GGUCCUAGUAGCUCUAUCCCUAGCUUGGCUUUGCGGGCUUAAGCUUAGGAGAGGCACAGCGGUGCGCUCCUACUGUUUAUGCGCCUGGGAGCAAGUGUUGCAUCGCUGUUGCAUUGCUGAGAUAGCUGUGGAUCGCAAGUUGCUCUGGCAUUGCUGCAGGACACUGACUGCAGACAGGCUGUCUGCAGGACACACUGCAGACAGCUGUGCACACGAUGGCGGUCGGGACGCGCGCCCGCGAGAAGAAUGGUGAAGAGUGGCGCCGCCAGGUCGGCUGGCUCUACCCGGCGCGGGACAUCCACCGGAGAUUUGAAAGAAGCCCGCGCGAGCGGGAGGGCAAGCCGCUCGCGUGGUGGCGCCUCGUCGGGCCCGAGACGCGCUGCCCGCUGCGCUGGCGGCGGGACCUGAAAACGGUGAGUGUCUACGCGCUGUCCUCGCUGACUUUUGGGCUGUGCGGCCUCGCCGCAUUUUAUACCUUCGGCGCGCCGCGCUUUGACAUGUUGUUGUUGUGCGCCGUGGCAGUGACGAGCUGGCAGGCCGACGUGACGUACCUGGGCAUCGAUCAUGGGUGGAGGACGCUCGACACGGUGCUUGCCGUCAUGUUGGUAAUGCGGUACGUGGCCCUUGCGUUAAGGCGCCUCGCCCUCGCGUCCUGGGCGCACGGCGCCGCGUUCCCGCCCUUCGUCCUCUCGCUCCUGUGCUUCCUGCGGUCGCAGCGAUCGAAUAAUUUCAAGACGCGCGCGCGGCUCCAGGCGUGCUGGCACUUCGCGCUCCAGGCGAGCCUGUUGUUGUUGCUGCGGGCCGAGGAGUCGUUUGUCACUUAAGCCAGUUGUUUG